AUGGAAAACGAGAUUGCCAAUCUCGUGAUUUCGGAGAACCCGAGCAAGACUUCGGCCAAACUCGGACUGGUUCCUCUGGCAGCAAAAAAGCCAAGAAAUGCUGACCGAGGAAAAAAAGUCACUGUUGAGACUAACAUCAGAAAGCUAAGCAUUGCUCCAAACCAACCAAUCUUCAAAUAUGCGGUUGAAGUCAAUUUCGUUUACCAAAAACCAGACGGCACGGAGUGUACCAUUGAGAUGUCAAAAUCCACCAAAAAGGGAACCGAGCACGACUACGACAAGAUUAAAUGUCAGAAGGUCUAUGAAGAAGCUGUGGGACGAUACGAAGCUUUGAGAAAAGGCGGACCGUUCUUCUAUGAUCGUCAAGCCUCUCUCUACACGCUCACCAAAUUGCAGCUCGAGAACAUCGCCUUCGAUGUCACUCAGGGUAUCAGUAAAAGACCAAACUUCAAGAAAGCUCAAUUCAUUCUCAAGAAAGUUGAUGAGUCUUUCCAAUCAACAUCAAACGAUAUCAAGAAAACUGUCAACCCGUGCCCAGCCAACGCUGAUCGUACCUUGUUGGAGGCCAUGAACAUGGUCGUAUCCGGACCAGCUUUUGAAAACAAGAACGUCAUCACUGUCGGUGCAUGUGUUCACUACCUCAUCGAUUUGAAGAACAUUGAUGUACAAAGCAAGUUUUACGAAGAAGGAGCCCUUUAUUCCGGAGUGGGAGCUUCAAAAUCUGUCAAAACUCUGGAAGGAUCUGACAGAAAUGCUCCCAGCAUUUUCAUGACAACGGAAAUGAAAACUACCCUGUUCCAUCCGGACGAUUGGCCGCUUCUUGAUCUCUUGAAAAGCUACAGAGGAUUCACGACUAACUUGAAGGCAAACACUCCAGCUGCUCAACGGAUUGAGAAGGCUCUCGUCGGUCUCGAUGUCCAAUUGAACUACGGCCCUCAUGUCGGACUCGGAGCGGAUGGAAUCGUUAUGAAAAUUCGAAAAUUUUCGACAUCGGCAAAAGAAACGAACUUCCUUGUGGACGGAAAGAACACAAACGUUGCUGCGUAUUUCAAGUCAAAAUACGGAAUCAAUCUGAAAUAUCCGGAUCUCUUCACAAUUGAAGCGAAAGGAAAGCACGGAAAAAUUCAUUUCCCACCUGAGCUUCUCGUUCUUUGUCCCAACCAAACAGUCACGAACGACCAGAUGAUCAACAACGAGCAAGCUGAUAUGAUUAAGAUGUCAGCUGCUCAGCCACAUAUCAGAAAGUCUACAACGGACUCGGUUGUGAAGCAAGUUGGACUGGCUUCGAAUAACAUCCACGGAUUCAUCAAGGUUGAGGAGCCUGUGAAGGUGGAUGCAAUCGUUCUUAACAAGCCCAAGAUUAUUUUCCAUGGGAACAAAUUUGCCAAUCUGGACGAUCCAAAAAGCAGAUUCCCAACUGAUUUCAACCGUGCUGGCGCCUACUUCAUCGCCAAAGAUUUGGCGAAUUGGGAGAUGGUCUUUGUUCAAGGCGAAGAAGUGAAGGGCCUUGCCGACCAACUUGUCAGUGAGAUGCGUACAAACGGAAUGAAAACUAACCCACCAGCAGUCAGCUUCAUCGUCCAUGGUGAUCUCAAUACUGUUUUCCAAAAGGCAAAAGCAGCCAAAAGACAACUUCUUUUCUUCGUCGUCAAAAGUCGGUACAACUACCAUCAGCAAAUUAAAGCAUUGGAGCAAAGAUUCGAUCUGCUCACACAAGAAAUUCGUCUUGAGACGGCGGAAAAAGUUUUCCGUCAACCCCAAACUCGUCUCAACAUCACCAAUAAAACUAACAUGAAGCUGGGAGGAUUGAACUACCAAAUUGGAAGCGAGUCUUUCAAUAAACCAAAUCGUCUCAUUGUCGGAUUCGAAACUUCCCAACGUUCCGGUGGCAAUCCAGAUUAUCCAAUUUCUGUGGGUUUUGCCGCAAAUAUGUUGGACCACCACCAAAAGUUUGCUGGAGGAUACGUUUAUGUGAAACGCUCGAAUAAUGUUUUCGGAUCAAUCGUCAAGGAUACUCUUGUAAAGGUUCUCGAGACUACCAAGAAAAAUCGUGGAGUGCCAAACGACAUCUUAUUGUACUUCAAUGGUAUUUCCGAGGGACAGUUUGCAAUGCUGAAUGAAGAGUUCAGUCAACACGUCAAGGAGGCAUGCAAAUUCAUGAGUCCUUCAUACCAACCACACUUCACGAUCAUUGCUUCUUCGAAGACUCACAACGAGCGUUUGUACAAGUCUGACAAGGGUCGCAUUGUCAACUUGGAGCCCGGAACGGUUAUUGAUCACACGAUCGUGAGUCCAGUCUACAACGAGUGGUUCCAUGCAUCUGCUGUGGCUCGCCAAGGAACUGCUAAGGCAACCAAGUUCACGUUGAUUUUCACGACUCAACCCAAUGAGCCAAUGUGGAACUUGGAACAGCUGACAAAUGAUCUUUGCUAUGAUCAUCAAAUCGUUUUCCACCCAGUAGGCUUGCCGGUUCCGCUCUACAUUGCUGGCAGAUACAGUCAGCGUGGAGCUAUGGUCCUAAACGAGAACGACGGACCUAUUUUCGCCAACGGUGAGGUCGAUCUUGUCGCCACUAACGCCCAGUAUGGCUACGGAAACAAAGCCUUGUUCAACACCCGCUUCAACGCCUAG